CCCCCCCCCCGGGUUUUCCUUUUUUUUUUUUUUUUUUUUUUUUUUUUUUUUUUUUUUUCUUCUCCCUUAAAAAAUUGUAUUUUGAAGACAAUCAAAAGUAGAGCAUGUUCUGGGUGUGGUUGCAUUCAAUUUACCCAAUAGCCAAAGUGAGGGGAACCGCUAAAGGAGAAAGACAGAACAUCUGCUGCUGAAACAAGCUGAGACCAAGGGCAGCAGUAAGUGAUGGGAAUCCUAUGUAUUCUCUUAAAUCAGUGUUAAAGUGGGAGAGAGUGGAGGCAGAAGGGAUGAAGACCUCUGCAACCUUUACAGCACUGUGUCUCUUAGCUUUCUCCUUGUUCCCAGCUGGUUGGUUUCCAUGGAUGGUCAAUGGACAAGAACCAGAAAGUGCAACUGGUGAUGUUGACACCGGCAAUCUCAUCAGCACCCCUGCUGCAGCUGUAACGCCACCUGUUAUUCUCAAUCCUGUUCAGUCUGACAGUGAAACUACAACAGCUUCAUCAGAUUGUCGUGAGGAGCAGUUCCCUUGCACACGCCUGUACUCUGUUCACAAACCGGUAAAGCAGUGUAUCAGCUACCUCUGUGUUACCAGUGUGCGUCGCAUGUACGUAAUAAACAAGGAGGUGUGCUCUCGCAUUGUCUGCAAGGAAAAUGAGGUCAUGCAAGAUGAGAUCUGUCGCCAGCUGGCCGGCCUUCCUUCUCGACGUCUCCGUCGAUCUGGGCAGCUCCCACAUCUCUCUUGCAAACAGAUCCUGGAGCAGCAGCGCAGGAGGCCUGAUGCUCUGUGAGCAACCGAAGUAGAAGAGAAAAAAGAAGAGAGAGAAGAGACAUCAUCAUCCCCUGUCCACAACCCAAGACAAGUCCUUCUUUCUUGUUGUGAUUCCUCCACCAUUUCCUUGCUUCUCUGCCUUCUCCCACAUCCUCCUCUUCAGGUGCUGCAGUACACAUAGCUCCCUAUCUGUCAUGGUGGCUGCAAUUGUCUUCUAAACCUGUUGCUGAGGAUGUGGGAUGCUCCCCUUUUCUCUCAGUUUCUAUUUGGCAGGCUUGUUUCCCAGAGCUCCUUGUAUCUGUGUAUUAUCUCUGCAAAGAAACAUGAAUGAAGAUGGGGUGUCCUCUCCAAUGGUAGAAAUGCCCUAAGCUGUGUCUCAUGUGGAGGAAUGCAAGACUUUAUGCACGAUGCAUUAUGCCCUGGCCUAGGUUUCAUGCAUGACAUGAGUAUGAGUUCUGCUUUGCUUAGUCAUACUGUCCCUCACCAGUCCUUCACAGCUACUGAGUUUGCUCUGUCUGCUGGACUCAGAGAAGUGACAGAACUGGGAGAUGAGCUGUCCUCCACCCAAGGCAAACCUCAUUGUCCCUGUAUGGCAGCAGAUGAUUCGUAAAUACCUCUGGGAAAUUCUUCAUUUCAAGCCCAUUGCCUCCCUCACACGUAUACUACCAAAAGGACGAAUUCUGGGUUUAACAUGGCAUUAUGCUUUUCUCAAGAAGAUUAUGUUCUCAACAAGAGAGAUCUCUCUCCUCAUCUCUCCUUUUCUCUCCUCUCCUCUGCUCUUCCCUUUCCACUGAAGAAAACUCUUGAUACCCAUUUCAGGCAAGUUUCAGGAAGCAGGAAGUAUGGCUAGAUCUGUUCCUAAGCCUAAGAGAGCCCAAAAAACAUUUGUGUCCUUAAACAACUGGAGACUUUUUUCUUCUGGGGUGAAGGACAGGGCAAGAGAUGAUGAAUUAACUUGUCCUGAUGACUGGUUUUAUCUAGUUAUAUCUACACUCACCAGUUGCUGAGUCCACUUUCACUAUCUUCACUUGAGUUCCUACCUCCAGACCUGUCGUCUUCUGCACAGAAAGGAGUCACAAACUGGAUUGACAUGUGGUAGAAGAAUCAUUAUCCGGGAUCCUUGGGUUUCCCUGUAGGUUCUCUGUGUGCUGUAUUGCACAGAACCAGGUGAUGGUGGGGAGGUAGAUAUAUCUCUAGGUAUGAGCAUAGAGGCAGGCCAACCUUGGGAAAAUAAUUCACUCUGGUAGCACUGGAUGUCUGUUGGCUGCUACAGAACCUCACUUUCCAGAUGCACAAAAAACAUUUCCAGGUACAUAUAUGGUCAGUGUUCUGAAAUUGGAUAGGGGAAGUGGUGAAGAGCUGUCUGAAGAGUCUUAAUCACUCUUUGUGACUCUUGGUGGCAUGAAUAACUGUUCUGUAGAGCACCUUAUCUCAGCAUCUAUGUCACUGCAGCAGAUCAUCUCUGAGCUGUUCUUAGCUCUAACAGAAAGUUACUUUGCUACAGCAUGUAUUCACACUCACAGCAUAACAUACUCUGCUACUGAACUGAGUCCCAUUCAGCCUGGCAGGAACAGUGGUCUGCUGAACAACCAGAGUAACACAAUAUAAAUGUGCUGUGCAGAGGUAGAAUUCUCAGAAAACUGAGGAGAAAAACACUUAAUAACUGCACAUAUAUACAUAAGGGCAUAGCCCUCAUGUAUGAUGCUCUUCUUGAGUACUCCAGGCUGAAGAGAUGAGGGAUGGAGGUGGAAAUUAUACUGAGUGCAUAUUUCUGUAGAGAGAAGGGCACCAAGAACUUUAUCUCAAAGCUAAUCAAGUAAUUUGCAGUCACUGACUUCUAUGCUGGGAUGCCUACGAAGCCACCUCCUCAUGUCCUGCCACCCUGUAGGAUGGAAAUGAGAAGUUAGAAGGAGCUCUUGGAAACUGGAAUAGGGCGAGUCUCCACCCUGUAUUUAGAGUUGAAUAUAAGCUGAUAUAUAGAUCUAUAGAUAUAUAACUGCAUAACAUAUCUACUGUACAGUAUAUAAAAAUAUUCAUACAAUUUGGGGAACAGUUAGAAAUCUUUCUGUUGCUUGCUUUCAGCAGGUAUAGGAAGAGGUGCUCCUCCCCAGGAGAACACUGUUUUAAUGCUCGAGUCCAUGUAAUACACACAAAACAUUAAAAGAAAGUUUAUUUUCUGUUUUUCUUGGCAAA